AUGAGGCAGCUGAUCCGGCGGCUGUCACGCGUGGGUGACGACUCCUCCUCGCCCCCCGCGUCGCCGUCGUCGAAGCGGCGGGGCGGGGGCGGGGGCGGGAGGGCGGUGGUGCCGGAGGGGCACGUGCCGGUGCACGUCGGGGACGGGAGCGAGGCGGAGCGGUUCCUGGUGCGGGCGGAGCUGCUGGGGCGGCCGGCGCUGGCGGAGCUUCUCGGCCGCGCGGCGCAGGAGUACGGGUACGACCACCAGGGCCCGCUCCGCAUCCCCUGCUGCUCCCCCGCCGCCUUCCGCCGCGCGCUCGCCGACGUCGCCGCCGACUGCUGCUAG